GAAGUGCGCAUGCCCACCAGGCUCUCAAAAAAAAACACACCUCAAUCUAACUCGCGCCAGGCCUGUUGUCGCGGGAAGGAGGGUUGUGACUCGCCCUCCUCCGCCUGUUCUUGUCCAUUUCAGUAGGGGUGCUUUCUUUCCAACCCGCGUCCAACUUAUAGUGUGGUUACAUAUAAUGAGCCUCUGUGUUGUCCGCUAUCCUCUACGUCCACGAAGGCUCCACUCUGUGGCCCCCCCGGGAGGAAAUGCCCAUUUAUGAUUGACAGGCCGAGACGCGCAGGCGUAAUAGCUUCAGUAGCACUUCCGGAGGGCGCCGUGGAACUUUUUUGGCGCGAGCGGGGACGGCUGCCAGGAAACUGCGGCCGGUGCUUGGUGUUCUGGGUCCUGAGGCGCCAUGCGCUACAACGAGAAAGAGCUCCAGGCGCUGUCCCGGCAGCCAGCCGAGCUGGCGGCCGAGCUGGGCAUGCGGGGUCCCAAGAAGGGCAGCGUGGUGAAACGGCGGCUGGUGAAGCUGGUAGUCAAUUUCCUCUUCUACUUCCGGACCGACGAGGCAGAGCCCGUCGGAGCUCUACUGCUGGAGCAUUGCAGAGUCACCCAGGAAGAGCCCAGCGGCUUCUCCAUCUGCUUCAUCGAGGACCCAGAGAGAAAAUAUCACUUUGAGUGCUGCAGCGAGGAGCAGUGUCAGGAGUGGAUGGGAGCUCUGCGACGAGCCAGCUAUGAGUUCAUGCGCAGGAGCCUCAUCUUCUACAGGAACGAGAUUCAGAAGAUGACCGGCAAGGAUCCCCUGGAACAGUUCGGCAUAUCAGAGGAGGCCCGGUUCCAGCUGAGUGGCUUGAAGGCAUGAAUCUGGGGUUGGGCUUGGCCUCCUCAGCUUGACUCAUUGGGGCACAAAGGAGCCCUCCCCACCCUCAUUGGGCCCUGGGUUUCCUGGCCAAGCCUGGAUUUUCAGAGUAAGGUGUUUUGGCUUAAAGACUUCAAGUAGCCCAAGGCUGGUGAGUGUGGGCAGAGGCUGUGUGCCUUGGGACCCAUCAGACUAGUCCAGCACCUCUCAGUGCCACAUGCUGCUGCUAGGGGACAAGUGUCCACUCCCAGGAGCUGUGCCUAGUCCCUCAGGCUUGUCCAUCUGGGGCCUGGCGGGUGCGUGAGGCUGGCGCAGCUUUCUUGCCCCAUGCAGGCUGAAUGUACGAAGCUAGAUAAUGCUGUGAAGGGCUUGGGGCCGUGCCUUCUGGACUGCUGUGAAUUCUGCUGAGGGCUGGGGCCUGGCCAACACCUCUCGGCAGAGUUGGAAGCAUUUGCCCUGGGGCUGGCAUGCUUGUUCUGGUCAAAUAAAGGAGAACCUUGAAGGCUUCUGGACACACCCUUUCAGGAAUAAUGCACAAACACUGCUCAACUGAGAGACCCAGGACUGUUAGAGA